UGACACUGGACGGUGAAGAGUGAAAGAAAACGACCGAAUUAUUUUUUAUUAGGCAUCAAGAUGUCUUAACGUUUGUUUACAUCAUGGCGGAGAAGGCGGCCAAAUUCACGUUUCAACUUCUGCCGGGGAAACAAUUCAUAUCAAUAGACGGGAAGGAGGCACAAGAUUCGUUAAUGAAAUGGGGCAUGAAAGGGCGCAUAAAGGCACAAGUGUUCAGUUUUGACCAAGAAUUUCAAGGCUACCAAAAAGAUGAUUUCGUUUUGGCCUUUUUCAAAGACCCUGUUGUGUUGGGCAAUUUAAACGUUCUUUCCUCCAGUGAUAAAUGGGUGCCAUUAGGCACAGAGGCACAGAGUGUCACAGCUCAGCCUGUCCCAUGUACUCAGGUCUCUAUGGUGUUCUUUGAUCGCCUGGUAGAUGAGGGAAUCAUACGGGAGUCUGGGCAGAUUAUGAAGUGCUUUGAUGACUACUAUGAUGAUAUUACUGUCUCUGAUGAACUGAGAAAGAUGUUACUCAUUGAAGACUCAGAUAACUAUGAAGCCUACAGCUCAGCCGAGCGAGAUGAGUUUCUAUUCCGUAUUUUUAAGCACAUCUGCCUUGGGGGUCAGGUGUGUCAGUACGAGGACGAGGUGAAGCCGUACCUGGACAUGACUAAGAAUAUCUACAAGGAUUUGGUCAGUGUACAGAAGGACCCCUCUACAAAAGAAUUAAAGGUUGUAUCCCAAGUGCUACAGGUGACAGCCUCGAAUGAUUCGGGAAUGCAUUACCCAUGUGACUCAGAACAUGUACAGACAUUUGCAUAUCUGAUCAUUGAUCCAAUCAAAAGACAUGUUACAACUUUCUAUCAUCGUUUUGGAGGUGGUGUAUUCUGAGAAGUACUGUUCAAAGGUCACAGGUCAGAAGGUCAAAGGUUACGAGGUCAGAGUUCAAAGGCAGCAAGGAGAGGAAAGAAACAAGUGUUCUGGGGCCAUAUUUGACUAUUUCUUUUUCUGCUUUGCUUUUAAAAAUCCGUCAUAUCCAAUCUCAUCAACAGAUCACUGGAAUCACGCUUGCACUUGAUAUAUUUUUAGGAAAAAAAUUGAAAUAGCUUCGGCUGAAGCAUUCAUCUGAGUUAGAUGAAAUGUAUUGAUGGUAAACUGUUAAAUGGGUUGAAACUGAACAAUAUAUAGUAUCUUCUCCAUUUCUCCAUCAAAGAAAAGAUAGAAAGCAUUUAGCUGAUCCCAUUUCUGAUUUUAAGUCUGAGAGUUUUUU